CAAGAGCUCGAGAGAGCUGUCUUUUCGUGUUCCUCUGUCUUUCUCUUAUAUAACCCCUUCGCAAUCCUCGCCACAUAUACAUGCACAUCGAUCUUAUACCUUUCCCCUUCCUCAUAACUCCACCACCACACACACACACACGCAAAGAAAGGCAGAAAGAAAAAUUAAUAAUGGACCUUCUCUUUCUCUGUAUGUACUCUCUUCUCGUCUCCUACCUCUUCUUCAUGAUCUGGAAACUCAUAGAUUCCAAGCGAGACCAAGAAUGCUACAUCCUGGACUACCAAUGCUACAAACCCUCCGACGACCGGAUGGUCAGCACCCAUUUCUCCGGCGAGAUCAUUCGCCGGAACCAAAACCUCCGACUGAACGAGUACAAGUUCCUCCUCAAAGCCAUCGUCAGCUCCGGCAUUGGAGAGCAGACCUACGCUCCGAGGCUCGUCUUCGAAGGCCGUGAAGAGAACCCCACGAUACGCGAUGGGAUCUUGGAGAUGGAGGAGUUCUACGCCGACUGCGUCGGGAAACUCCUCGAGAGGAACACGGUCUCGCCUCAAGAGAUCGAUGUUCUUGUCGUCAACGUCUCGAUGCUCUCUUCGGUUCCUUCCUUGUCGUCCAGGAUCAUAAACCACUACAAGAUGAGAGAGGACGUCAAAGUUUUCAACUUGACGGGGAUGGGAUGCAGCGCCAGUCUCAUAUCCAUCGACAUCGUCAAGAACAUCUUCAAGAACUACAAGAACAUGUACGGUCUUGUCGUGACGAGCGAAUCUUUGAGCCCUAAUUGGUACAGUGGCAACAACAGAUCGAUGAUCCUUGCCAACUGCCUGUUCCGGUCGGGAGGAUGCGCGAUGCUGAUGACGAACAAGCGAAGCUUGAGCCGGGGAGCCAUGUUCAAGCUCAAGUGCAUGGUCCGUACGCACCAUGGCUCGAGGGACGACUCGUACAACUGUUGUAUCCAGACAGAGGACGAGGAGGGUCGAAUGGGUUUCCACUUGGGCAAGAACCUGCCCAAAGCCGCGACUCGAGCUUUCGUCGACAAUCUCAAAGUAAUAACACCCAAGAUCUUGCCCGUAACUGAACUGUUAAGGUUCAUGCUAUCUCUCAUGGCGAAAAGGCUGCGAAGAAACUCUAGCAAAGGCUCGAACGCGUCGAAUCUUGCACCGGCUGCUCCAAAGGCGGGGAUCAACUUCAAGACCGGAAUCGAACAUUUCUGCAUUCACACGGGAGGAAAAGCAGUGAUCGAUGGAAUAGGUUACAGCCUGGAUUUGUCGGAAUACGAUCUCGAGCCUGCGAGGAUGACGCUCCAUAGGUUCGGGAACACGUCGGCAAGUAGCUUGUGGUACGUUUUGGCGUACAUGGAGGCGAAGAAGAGGCUCAAGAGAGGAGACAGAGUGUUCAUGAUAAGCUUUGGAGCUGGGUUCAAGUGUAACAGUUGCGUUUGGGAGGUUGUAAGAGAUUUGGGCCAUGACGAUGGCGACGGCGAUGAUGACGAUGGUAAUGUCUGGAAACAUUGCAUAGAUAAUUACCCACCAAAAUCUAUAUUGAACCCUUAUUUGGAGAAGUAUGGUUGGAUCCAAAACGAGGAUGAUCCAGACACUUUCAAGUUCCCAGACGACCAACCACGCGAUUAAUUCCUUUGAUCGCAAACUUCCAAAAAAGGAUUUUUUUUUCUUGUUUAUCUUCUAUGGGUUUUUGUACUUCUCUUUUCGUAAAUUACAUUUUAAAGAAUGGCUGAAAAGAAAUUAAUAUGAGUGGCAAAUAUAUUAUUGCGAUUUUAGGUAGUUUUUUUUCUUUUUUUAGUCAUUUUGUGUUAUAUUUUUGUCAAUUAUUUUCCCCCUUUUUUUAUGGGUUUGAUACGUUUUUAAUAAGCAGAGGGGGCAUGCAUUUCCAAUGCGAUGCGAAUUACUGGAUUUUCCAUCCUAUUGGAAUGCUGCCUCUUUCUUUUGGGUUAUAUGUUGUUUAGUUUUCAUCUUUUUUUUAAAAAAAACUAUAUGUCAUUUAAGUUUAAAUAUUUGUCUCCCUUUUA